AAAUCGCCAUGUCAGCAAUAUCAAGGAGACAGUUUACAAUAACAGAAAUGAAUUGAACAGGGAAGUAGCAAAUGCAAGCAAUGGCUUCUCAAUCCUUGUCUGCUUCAUUUCUGCAUACCAAUUGUCAGAGAAGCUUCGCCUUUAAUGUCUGUCCACGCAAGCCAAAAACAUCUCCCCCUCACAAAUCACGCUGGGGAAACUUUCAGUCAUUUGCAGGAAAGUUGGGGAUUAUGUACUCCCCGAACAACUGCCAAUUGCUGGAGGCACCAAACGGAUUCGAUUCUUCUAGAAGGGAAGCUGCAAUCGGUUUGUUGGCUGGAGCAGCUGUAAUCCUCUUUUCUUGUGAUGAAGUAGGAGCUACAUCAACAAGCAAAAGAGCUCUAAGGGCACAAAAGAUACCUGAAAGCGAGUUCACAACUCUUCCAAAUGGGCUCAAAUACUAUGAUAUCAAAGUUGGAAGUGGAGCUGAAGCUGUAAAGGGAUCACGAGUUGCGGUACACUAUGUAGCAAAAUGGAGAGGUGUUACUUUUAUGACUAGUAGACAAGGCAUGGGCGUUACUGGUGGCACUCCCUAUGGAUUUGAUGUGGGGGCAUCUGAAAGAGGAAAUGUUCUAAAGGGGUUGGACUUGGGAGUUCAAGGCAUGAAAGUUGGAGGGCAGCGCUUGCUAAUAGUACCACCUGAGCUUGCAUAUGGCAAUAAAGGAAUUCAAGAGAUUCCACCAAAUGCAACACUUGAGUUUGACUUGGAGCUACUUAGCAUUAAACAAAAUGCUUUUGGGUCACCUGUAAAAAUUGUUGAAGGAUAAAUACAAGAUUUAUGUAAUUAUCAUACACUAUUCAUUGCAGCUUUUUAGCACAAUCUCGAUUUAUUUAUAAAAUACGUCUUUUGUUUCC